AUUUUUCCCCCUUCUAUUUAAGAAGGAAAAAAAAAGAGACAAAGAUUAACUUGGUGAGCUUUCAGAAAUGUCUUUGUACUCAAAAAAUAGCCAACUCAAUAUUUUAGUGAUUUUCUCGAUCCUUAUUCUAGUGGGAUCCCUUAGUCUCCCAAUAGCAGAAAGCAGAAAUGUGCAGAUUUUAAAAAGGAAAACCACAAUCGACUACCCUGCCAUAAGUUGUCGGAAGCACACUGCAGUGCUGACAGAAUUUGGAGGAGUUGGUGAUGGAAAAACAUUGAAUACAAAGGCAUUUCAAUCUGCCAUUGCCAAUCUAAGCCAGCAUGCAUCAGAUGGUGGUGCACAGCUUAUUGUACCACCAGGAAAAUGGUUAACUGGAAGCUUCAAUCUCACCAGCCAUUUUACCCUUUUUCUACAAGAGGGUGCUGUUCUUCUCGCUUCUCAGAAUGAGGCAGAUUUUCCUAUAAUCGAUAUAUUACCCUCUUAUGGGAGAGAACAAAAUUUUUCUGAUGGAAGAUACGCCAGCCUCAUUAUUGGAAUGAACCUCACUGACGUUGUGAUUACUGGUAACAAUGGCACGAUUGAUGGCCAGGGUGCUCCGUGGUGGGAGAAGUACAAGAAGGGUCUAUUUAAGGCAACCAGACCAUUCCUUAUUGAGAUACUGCACACGAGUCAGCUUCAAAUAUCAAAUAUUACUUUAACCAAUUCUCCAUCGUGGCAUGUCCAUCCUAUAUACUGCAGUAAUGUGGUGAUCGAAGGGGUGACGAUUCUUGCUCCUGUUGAAGUCCCAAAUACCGAUGGGAUUAACCCAGAUUCAUGCACAAAUGUUCGGAUAGAAGAUGUUUACAUCGUCUCCGGAGAUGACUGCAUCGCUAUUAAAAGUGGAUGGGACCAGUAUGGAAUUAAAUAUGGAAUGCCCACACAACACCUCGUCAUAAGAAGGCUAACCUGCAUUUCCCCAGAUAGCGCUACCAUAGCUCUUGGAAGUGAGAUGUCUGGUGGAAUUCAAGAUGUUAGAGCAGAGGACAUCACAGCCAUCAAUACCCAAUCUGCUGUUAGAAUCAAAACUGCACCUGGAAGAGGAGGCUAUAUUAAAGACAUAUUUGUAAGAAGGAUGACCUUAAAGACCAUGAAGUAUGUUUUCUGGGUUUCAGGUGCUUACAAGACACACGUAGAUAAUGGGUAUGAUCCAAAUGCACUGGCUGAGAUCAACAAUAUAAAUUACAGAGACAUUGUAGCAGAGAAUGUGAACAUCACAGGAUCACUCAGUGGAUUUGAAAAGGAUCCCUUCACUGGAUUCUGCAUUUCUAAUGCAACUAUAACAUUGAGUGAAACUGCUAAAAAGGUGCAAUGGAACUGCACUUACAUAGAGGGAGUUUCAAACAACGUGACUCCUAAGCCUUGCGAUUUAUUGCCCCAAAAAGACACUCGUUGCUCUUUCCCUGAGGAUAAGCUACCAAUUGAAACCGUUCCUAUGAAAACUUGUUCUUUUAAGAAACUUUUUCUGUGAAACUUAUCUCAACUCCAUUCAUUAAGAUCAAAAACACAAAUAGGUGAAUCACAUCUAUUUUAUAUUAUAAUUCUAUUACAUCUAAUGUAUCUUGAAUUUAAGAUGAAUCGGGUCUAAUUUAAAUAUAUUAUUGAUGUACUGGCAAACGAUUGGUUGGUAGAAAUUUCGACAACCAAGCUUAGUCUUUUUUAAGGACUGUCAAUAAAAAUAAAUUAUU